CAUCCCGGUCGGACAUAUCUGGCGUUUGUUGCGCACCGCGAAACUUCUAAGGAUUAUAUACAUAUAAUGCCUUGAAGCGGUUUGUCAAGCCAAUCGGAGAUGUGAAGUGCGUCUUAUGUGUUCGAACUUUUAAUCGUGAUUCUAAUUCUCACGAUCACUGGAAUGAGGAAUAUCUUUUUAAAUUACGAUAUGGGUAAAUAUUGGAUUAUGUCUUGGAAAUGUCGCUUUAGUGUAAUCUGCGGAUACCACCGCUGAAAUUGCUAACGUCUUACUCUCUGGACGCGAAGCCUUUGUCAACAUGGCGGUUGUGAUAAGCCGAAUAUACCUCCAUACGGGCGCUGUGCUGGCGUUGGCUGGCAGCGCCGCAGGCAGAGUUGCCGGGAAAAUGGGCGGAUACUCUAACAAAAUGGGAGGAAAGUCAACAAGUGGCAUCAAUGAAGAGAUAAUUUGGAUUAGUAUAAGUAUGGCGAUCGCAAUUGCUGUGUUAAUUGCAAUCGCCCUUUGUUACAUUCUUAAAGAAAAGUGCACUAAGCGACAGGCUUACAAGGAACAAUCAUGACGAUAUAAGGAGGAGUUCGCUCGACACGCUCUAGGCAACUCCUUUGAAGAUCACGAAUUCCCAGCGUAUACACUUUACCCUCAGUACUCACCAGAUGGCACUGAAUACUAUUAUAAUUUCCAUCGCUUCUCAUACCUUAAAAACACAACGAAUCUGCCCCCCAAAAAUUAUACCAAAAGUGGACACGAAGAAAUUUAUAUAAACGCAUAGAUAAUAAAAACAUUGUCUUAAUUAUUAUUUUAAAGU